CGGCGGCGCGCACAGCGGUGGGAGCGGGGCUGGGGGUUGAGGCUCGGGACGAGGCUGCACUUCCCACGCAGCCAUGGCACCCACACUUGCUACCGCUCACCGCCGGCGUUGGUGGAUGGCAUUCACUGCCAUCAUUGAGAAUCUGCUCUUCUCAGCUGUCCUGCUGGGCUGGGGGUCCCUGCUCAUCAUGCUGAAGGCAGAAGGGUUUUACUCCUACCUGUGCCACGAAUCAGGAAACUUCACAGACAGCCCUGAGUCUGAGAACAGCACCACAACAGAGCACAAAUGGCCCUCGUGCAACGCACAGGAUGAGAUGCUGAACCUGGCCUUCACCAUUGGCUCCUUCCUGCUCAGUGCCAUCACGCUGCCCCUGGGCAUCGUCAUGGAUAAGUACGGCCCUCGCAAGUUGCGGCUGCUUGGCAGUGCCUGCUUUGCUGUGUCCUGUGUGCUGAUCGCAUAUGGUGCCAGCAACCCCAACACUCUGUCUGUGCUGAUAUUCAUCGCUCUGGCUCUGAACGGCUUUGGUGGGAUGUGCAUGACCUUCACAUCACUCACGCUGCCCAACAUGUUUGGUGACCUUCGUUCCACGUUCAUUGCUCUAAUGAUCGGCUCCUAUGCUUCCUCUGCUGUGACCUUCCCAGGAGUCAAGGUUAUAUAUGACUUUGGGGUCUCCUUCAUCCUUAUUCUGCUUGUCUGGGCAAGCUGUGCAGGACUAGUUUUCCUCAACUGCUUCUUCAACUGGCCACUGGAGCCCUUCCCAGGACCAGAAGACAUGGACUAUACGGUGAAAAUAAAGUUCAGCUGGCUGGGAUUUGACCACAAGAUCACCGGGAAGCAGUUCUACAAGCAAGUCACAACCGUGGGACGCCGACUGAGCGUGGGGAGCUCCAUGAAGGGCCCCAAAGAAUCAGCAGCCUUGCAAGAGAACAACAAGCUCUGCCUGUCCACGGUGGACCUUGAAGUGAAGUGCCAGCCUGACAGCACAGCUUCUCCUUCCUUCAUGAAGAGUGUCUUCAGCCCCAUCUUGUUGCUCAGCCUUAUCACCAUGUGUGUCACUCAGCUGCGGCUCAUCUUCUACAUGGGGGCCAUGAACACCAUCCUUGAGUUUCUGUCCGGAGAUGAAAGCCAAGUGAGUCUCUACACUUCCAUUUUUGGGGUACUGCAACUGCUGUGCCUGCUGACAGCACCUGUGAUUGGGUACGUCAUGGACUGGAGGCUGAAAGAAUGCGAUGAUGGCUCUGAAGAUAAUGAGGAGAGCAACGCUGAGCAAGGUGACAAGAAAAAGAAAAAACGUGACCGUCAGAUCCAGAAAAUCACCAACGCCACCAAUGCCUUUGCAUUCACAAAUGUCCUGCUGGUUGGAUUUGGGGUCACCUGUCUCAUUCCCAAUCUGCAGCUGCAGAUUCUUUCCUUCAUAUUGCACACAAUUGUGAGAGGAUUUAUCCACUCAGCAGUGGGAGGCCUCUAUGCAGCUGUAUACCCCUCUACUCAGUUUGGUAGCUUGACAGGGUUGCAGUCGUUGAUCAGUGCCCUUUUUGCCCUUCUGCAGCAGCCUCUGUUUAUGGCAGUAACAGGACCUCUGGAAGGAGACCCUCUCUGGGUGAACGUUGGCUUGCUUGGUUUGAGCUUACUGGGUUUCUGCCUUCCGAUCUACCUGGUCUGCUACAGACGCAGGCUAGAAAGAGAAAGGAAACAGAAGAUUGAAGAUUCCAAACUCUUCCUCAAAAUCAAUGGCACUCCCAAUGAGGAAGCCUUUGUUUAAACUGGUGCUUCAAAUGCAACCUCCCCUGUACAGGUUCCUACCAUAUCCGUGGGUUCUACCUGUGGUGUAGGCCAGGCUUUUUCUCUCCUGGCUCUGUUCAUCACUGGAGUGAGGGCUGGACAUCAUGACUGAGCUUUCCUCAGAUAUAUGGCAGGAGGAGACUUCACACUCCUUACUCCAGAACACAAGACUUUUUACAAAGGCCACACAGAUAUUGUGUCUUAAACUACCCCCUGAUCACACUCUCCAGCUGCAGAGGUUCUGCAUAGGAAACUGAGAAGGAAGAGAUGGAUGGGGGAAGAGGGAAGAAAGACCUUAAUUUGAAUUUGCAAAUGUAACAUGCUUGAAGUCUGUUUCCCUCCUCUUCUCCCAACCUUGGCUGACUGUCUCAGAUGUAAGUUGCACUCUCCUCUUUUCCUGAGGCUUCAUAAUGGUCUUUCUGCUUGAUAUGUAGCUGAACUCAGCAGUUUUACUGCCUACCCAGAGGUAUCCCAGACUGUUUCUGAGGCAGGGAAGGGGAUUUAUUCCUUCAUAUGUAAGCACGGCUUCAGUGUAUUGCUAAAUGUUGGCUGCUGGCACUGACAGCUCCCCAGUGUUUUAUUACUACAAUGACACAGACUGUGAGCAAUGGAUCUGCCUUCCACACAGAAAUGAAGAGCCUACUGAACUGUUCUUGGUCCUACACCAAGCCUUCAAAGGCUUGGUAUUCCUCUCUUCCCGGCCUGUAAGCCACCUGUACACGUUGUAAACUGCCUGCAGUCCUGGAACUGUUGCGAUAGGAAUUGGAUCUUGUUUACCGAUGAAGUGCUUUUGAGACUUGUUGCCUUUUGCCUCUUCCUCCCUCCAACAUGACCCCAGGAGGGGAGCAGCAGCGUGUAUUUACUGAAGUGGAGAAGCUUCUUGAAGCCGGUUCUGGGGCUCCAAAUACCUUGGUGUUCACUUGUCGUAAGCUGACUUCUUGUUGAGAAGAGUCAAGAGUGCAGCACACUCCUUGUGUUUGGUAACUGGAUCCUGUGGAUGUAUGGCAGGGUGAUGUGGCAAAGUAAUUCUUCCUCUAGCCAUAGCUUAUCUAUAUUGUUCUGACACAGGCUCCAAGCUGCUGAACACCAGGUUACUCUGACUGACCAAAAAGCUGCUGGUUUGGCUGUAUUAAAAGCCUUCUAUGUUGUCGGUGCUCUGUCUGGACAGAGUGCAUGGUGAGCGACUGUAUGGUGAAGCUGACUUGUAGAGCAAUACAUGUGGGUAAAGGUGCCCCAGGGCCCAUCCGCCAUAGAAGGAAUACAAAGGGAAUUCUUAACCCGCUUAUUUUUAUAAUGGUUUUCCUAGGCCUUGCCUAAAGUAGACAUUCCUCCCUUUCACCUUCUCCUCGAGGUCAGCAGCUCAGCCUCGGUAUCUUGUGACUCACAUUAGCCACCACACGUUGCGUGUUGCGUGCAGCACUGCAGCGGCUGAACUAGUGACUGCAGGGAAGUUGGCCGGGAGAAAUAAAUCAAUGAUGAAGGUGGA